AUCAUUCAUUCAGCAAAGUCAAUCAUUCAUAUGGUUGCGAGAAGCGUUAGAAAUGCAUAUUGAGGAUUCUAACAAAAACUCGGAUAGAAAGACAGGAGGAAAUUCAAAUAACAAGAAUGAAGGUCCUGUCACUGUCUCACAAAUUGGUUCAGAUGUUAUAUGGGAGAUAGCAGCCAAAUAUUGGCAAGUGACGACAGACACUGCGUCAUCGCAUUUACCCUAUGAUGCUCGUAUAAUUGAGGAUAUUUAUACGAAAGAGAUUUUAAAUCAUAAAAAUGCCAUCCGAAGGAUAAUAUUGUUGGAAUUUAGCCAGUAUUUGGAAAAGUAUUUAUGGCCUAAUUACAAACGAUCUGAAGCUACUAGCGCUCAUUUAAUGUCGAUAGUUUUUAUGGUGAAUGAAAAGUUUCGAGAACGUGUGGAAGUAUGGAAUACUUUCGAAGAUAUGCCGGAAGAAUUUCCGAAUUUUUUCAUGCAUGCUCUUGAAAAUUGUUUAGCUGACGAGAAAAAAUGUCAAAUGCGUGAGAAAACUGCUUUAAUCGUUUUUCUAAAUCAUUGUUUCAAUAGUAUGGAAAUUGAAUUGUGCCGUAAUCAAGUAAAACGUUUGGUAUCUCUUUCAAUUUGGAACUGUUUACAACCAAAACGCUUGGAGCAAGAAUUACAUGAGAUACCAGAAUGGCGUAAAUAUUGGCGCAAAUUGCAAAAAAAAGAAAAGUCCGAGACAAGGCUCACAAUUAAUUGGGAACGGCAUUUUCUACAGAAUCUCAUCAUAAAUUUCUUGAAAAUUUUAGAAAACAUUUCUUUGAAUGGCGUUGUUUCAGCCUGUACCAUACAGUAUUGUGAACGCUUUCUGGAAUUAAUGAUAGAUUUAGAGGCUCUCUUGCCUACACGACGUUUCUUUAAUACAUUGCUGGACGAUUGUCAUCUUAUAGUGCGUGCACAAAUUUGCAAUUUAGUGCAACGUCCAGAAGGCAAGCUAUUCGGUCAGUUGUUGGAUAUGCUAAAGUUUUACUCACGUUUUGAGAUCAAUGAUGUGACAGGUGACUCACUAACUGAUCAUGAUAUGACUCAACUGCAUUACAAGAAAAUUACUUCACUGCAGCGAGCAGCUUUUGCAAAAUUUCCUGAUUUAAGGCUCUUCGCUCUCUCUAACGUUGCCAGCGUUGAUAGCCGCGAAGCGUUGGAACGUCAUUUCGGUAAUCUUGAUGGGGAUGCUCUCAAGCAAAUAGCAUCAUUUUUGAAUUUGGUACCCGAAGAUGUGAAAACUCCAUUUCAAUGGCAUCGUUUAGAUAGCCGAUUUUUAAAGGAAUUGCUUAUAACACGCCAUGAGAGACGUUGCUCCCAAUUGGAUGCUUUAAAUGAAAUGCCUUUGUAUCCUACAGAGCUAGUUAUUUGGGAUGAGAAUAUCGUGCCUACCGAAUACUACUCAGGCGAUGGUUGUUUGGCAUUGCCAAAAUUGAAUCUUCAAUUUCUAACUUUGCACGAUUAUUUGUUACGUAAUUUCAAUCUCUUCCGUCUUGAGUCUACCUACGAAAUACGCCAAGAUAUCGAGGACUCCGUGAGCCGCAUGCUGCCUUGGUUAUCCGAAGAGGAAGAAGUAGUCUUCGGUGGUUGGGCACGUAUGGCUUUGCCUAUCGCAUCGUUCGCUGUAGUCGAGGUUGCAAAACCACAUAUUGGCGAAAAGAAGCCUUCAAGGGUUCGUGCCGACGUCUCGGUGACUUUGUCGGUACGUAAGGAAAUCAAAGAUGAGUGGGAAAAUCUUCGCAAACAUGACGUUUGUUUUCUAAUUACCGUAAAACCGACGAAGCCCUAUGGAACAAAAUAUAAUCCUCACGAACCAUUUAUACCACAAGUGGGUUUGGUUUGCGUGCGUGGCUGCGAAGUAGAAGGUAUGCUUGAUGCUAAUGGCCGCGUAAUAGAAGAUGGACCAGAACCCCGUCCUCAACUGCCAGGAGAACAGCGAACAUAUAGGGUGUGGUUGGACUGCAAUCAAUAUCGUUUGGACAUGGACGCCUUGCAAGAGGGAGCAGAGGAUGUGUAUGAAAAUUUUAAUAUAAUAAUGAGAAGGAAACCCAAGGAAAACAAUUUUAAAGCUGUUCUGGAGACUAUAAGACAUCUCAUGAAUACCGAAUGCGUUGUGCCGGGAUGGUUACAUGACAUACUUUUAGGAUAUGGAGAUCCCAGCGCCGCUCAUUACUCUAAAAUGCCCAAUCAAGAGUCAAAUUUAGAUUUCAACGAUACUUUUUUAUCGUAUGAACAUUUGAGCAAAAGUUUUCCAAACUGCGAAAUCGAAUGUGAUAGGCCGGAAGUUCAGCGAAAUCCACCCUUUCGUCUAGUAUUUAAGAAUAACGCAUCACCACCGGAAGGAGAAGGAGAAGACCGCGAGGAAUCCAUUACGUCGCCGAUAAGCACUAUUUCGGUUAUGCCAUACCAAUUUGAAACCCGUGGCCCUUAUAUAGGCAAUAAACCCAAACAAAAUUCAAUUAAUUUCACCGCAACUCAAAUUGAAGCUAUACGUGCCGGCAUGCAACCUGGUUUGACAGUAGUUGUCGGACCACCUGGUACUGGUAAAACUGAUGUGGCCGUGCAAAUCAUAUCCAAUCUGUAUCACAAUCAUCCAAAUCAACGCACUUUAAUAGUCACUCAUUCCAAUCAAGCACUAAAUCAACUUUUUGAAAAAAUCAUGUGCUUGGACAUCGAUGAACGCCACCUGUUACGUUUAGGUCAUGGGGAAGAAUCAUUAGAAACCGAAAAGGACUUCAGUAGAUAUGGGCGCGUUAACUACGUAUUGGCCAAACGUAUUGACCUAUUGAAUCAAGCCCAAAAAUUGCAAGAGUCCUUGGGCGUUUUGGGUGACAAUGCCUAUACUUGUGAAACAGCCGGCUAUUUCUUCUUAAGUAACAUAAUGUCUCGCUGGGAAAAAUUCCAACUUGAAGUUAACGCGACAAAAGUAAAUGAUAGUUCUUCGUGGCGCGAGAUAUUUGAAACCAGGUUUCCAUUUACCAAAUUCUUUGCAGCUGCUCCUCAACCUUUGUUUAGUGGAAAUAAUUUUAACGAUUACAUGGACAUAGCCAAAUCAUGUUUUCGCUACAUUUCGCAUAUUUUCGCCGAGCUUGAAGAAUUUCGAGCCUUCGAGUUAUUGCGUACGGGCUUAGAUCGCUCAAAGUAUUUGCUAGUAAAAGAAGCAAAGGUAAUAGCAAUGACUUGCACCCAUGCUGCUCUCAAACGCAAAGAGUUGGUUAAUUUAGGUUUUCGCUAUGACAACAUUCUCAUGGAAGAGGCUGCUCAAAUUUUAGAGAUUGAAACUUUUAUACCAUUAUUGUUGCAAAAUCCUUUAGAUGGCUUCAACCGACUUAAACGUUGGAUUAUGAUUGGAGAUCACCAUCAAUUGCCACCUGUGGUUAAAAAUAUGGCCUUUCAGAAAUACUCCAACAUGGAACAAAGUCUAUUCACAAGACUGGUACGCCUGGGUGUGCCUACUGUCGAUCUGGAUGGUCAGGGACGUGCUCGCUCAAGCAUUUGCUCUCUGUAUAGAUGGCGUUAUAAGAAACUCGAUGAUCUCGAACAUAUUCGCAUUGAUAAAGAAUAUCAGCGUGCCAAUGCUGGUUUUCUUUACGAUUAUCAAUUUAUUAAUGUGGAUGACUUUAAUGGAGUAGGAGAAUCUGAACCGAAUCCUUUCUUCUAUCAGAAUUUAGCCGAAGCCGAAUACAUAGUAGCCGUAUACAUGUAUAUGCGUUUAAAAGGUUAUCCAGCCGAGAAGAUAUCAAUUUUAACUACUUACAAUGGCCAAAAGCAUUUGAUACGUGAUGUUAUUAAUGCUCGCUGUGGUAACAACGCCAUAAUUGGUUGGCCGCAGAAAAUAACCACAGUGGAUAAGUAUCAGGGUCAGCAGAAUGACUACAUUCUUAUUUCGUUAGUACGCACAAAAGCUGUAGGCCACUUACGAGAUGUUAGACGUUUGGUUGUUGCAACUAGCCGUGCCCGCUUAGGUCUUUAUAUAUUUGGCAGAAUGAAUCUAUUUAGAAAUUGCUUCGAAUUGCAAAAAACAUUUAAACUGCUAACAAAACGCCCUCAGAAGCUUCAUUUAAUUGAAAGUGAACGUUACCCCACCGAACGGCUAACAGAUGAUAAUCCCGCAGACCCCGUGAAGAUAGUUGAUAACAUGACCCAAAUGGCUGAAUACGUCUUUGAACUAUAUACUACCCAAAUGGAAACCAUAAAAGAUCAGCUGCCAAUGACAAUUGAAUUGCAGGGUGAAGAAAAUGUUAAUUUGCCCAUAGAAGUUACAUCAAAGACGAUGACUGAAAACUUCGAUAUGGGAACAGAAACCAAUAGAGAAAGGCCGCGCAAAAAUACAGACAAUGGUAAGAAAAUUGAGGAGCCAUCAAAAACGUCAGCAAAACCUUUCAAACGUAGUACAAUUAUUAACGAAAUAUCCAUUGACGACGAGGAAAUGCACGAAAGGGAGUCAAAAGAUGUUAACACAAAUAUCAUGGAAUAA